GGUGAGCCUGGCCGCGCACCUGGACCUGCUGGGGCGCGCGCUGCGGCGGGGCGACUGGCCGGAGGAGGCGGCGGAGGCCGCGGCGCUGCGGGACGUCAUCGACCUCAGCAACGCCGAGCUGCGGCGGGCGCUCCUGGACGCCCGCCGCAGCGCAGGCGUGCGCGGCGGCCCCCCUGCCUCCGCGGGGCCGGAGCCAGGCAUGCUCGUUAGCGAGUUGAACGGCCAGACUAGCAAGAUGACCGACGACCUUGCCGAUUCUGAGGAAACGACACGGUUUGAGACAAAGGCUUCUCCUGACGCUCUGACUAGCAUGACCAAGUUCAAGAGUAUGGUUCACCCGCGUGAUUCCUCAACCCGCGCCGGCCUUGAAGGCGCCGUGACGAGUACGUGGUUUGAGUGCGUGUUCGCGGUAUGCAUCCUCGUCAACACCUUGUUCAUGAUAGUGGAGGAGCAGUACGCAGGGGCUGAAGUGGGGUAUGAGCUCGACGUCUACACGUACUACGGCUCGGACCCAUGGGCACGGGCGAUGAUCCCCGGGUCUUUCUUCGACACGGUCGAGGUCUUGUUUGGUAUCGAAGAUGCCUACGUUGAAGUCUGUUUGCGAAUGGCCGGGCUUGGUCGACAAUAUUGGAGACACCCUUCCGAGUAUUUUGAUCUUACGGUUGUCGUCGCCUCGAACAUCAGCAUUGUGAUGCAGCACGCAAGCAAUUUGUCUGGAUCCUUUAACAUCCAGCUGUUCAGGUUCUUGAGGACUGCCAAGCUACUUCGGCUUGUGAGGCUGCUGAGAACCAUCGAGGAGUUCGACGCUCUCCACCUCAUGACGACUGCUCUCAAGUCAAGCUCCUGGGCGCUUCUUUGGUCCGCCCUUCUGCUGUUGCUCAUGCAGACGUUCCUCGCGAUGCUUAUAACGAACGUUGUGCGUGGAGUGUACUUGCAACAGGAUUCGACGGCUGGUCUGACCGAGAUGCAGAAGCGAGAACUCUUCAAGUAUUUCGGAACUUACACCAGGGCGAUGCUAUCGCUUUUCGAGAUGGCUCUCGCGAAUUGGGCACCAAUUUGCCGGUUCCUGGUCGAGCACAUUCAUGAGGGAUGGAUGGUGGGUGUGAUUCUAUUCAAGCUUAUAAUGGGGUUCGCUGUGGUUGGAGUGCUGAAUGCAGUAUCCAGCGGAGACUUUCAAAGUGGCGAGCACGGACGACGAUAUCAUGGUCAGGACAAAGAUGCGAGCCAAACACGUGCACAAAGAAAAGAUGCAGCUGCUCCUCUCCCUCGCAGACCAGGAUGGCGACAGGAGGCUUGCAAGGAGUGA